AUGGCGUUUUCUGUAUUAAUCUUUGAGAUUUACCUAGUUCUGGAGUCAACCAAAGAAAGCACAUUUGUUACCCAAAGACAUUAUCGUGAAGUGGCAGGUUCUGUAGGAGGCAGUGGAUCAGGAAAGACUCACUUUUCUUCUGAUGAUGAAGCAAUAGAAGCUGACAAUGAGGAUGAUAUUGAACCCUGCGACCAAGAAAAUGAAGAUGCUGCAGAAUCAAGUGUUGGGACUAAUACAGGCUGGGCAGAUGCCAUGGCUAAGAUCCUUAACAAAAAAACUCCUAAAAGUACACCCACCAUUCUGGUCAAAAACAAAGAGCUGGAAAAGGAAAAAGAAAAGUUAAAGCAAGAAAGACUACAGAAAAGAAAACAGCUUGAUAAGAAUCGGGAGUGGGAAAUGAUGUGCAGAGUAAAGCCAGAUGUUGUCAAAGACAAAGAAACAGAGAGAAAUCUUCAGAGAAUUGCAACGAGGGGUGUGGUACAAUUAUUUAACGCUGUUCAGAAGCAUCAAAAGAACGUUGAUGACAAGGUUAAAGAAGCUGGGGGCUCUAUCAGAAAGCAUGCUAAGUUGAUGUCAACUGUUUCCAAGAAAGAUUUCAUCAGUGUGCUGAGAGGAAUGGAUAGAAGUACAAAUGAGAAAAGUUCAACUGGGAAGAACCCAAAAGCCAAACAGAAUUCCUGUUAA